AUGUCUCAAUAUAAUAGUAUUAUUUAAUUAAAUCCAUUUAAAAUAAUCUUUGUCUGAAAAUAAAAUAUGAUCCUCAACUGCGUUUACCCUCCAGUCAGCAGACGGCGAUGUGCGUCUUUCAGGCGACGCUGCCAGCAUGACGUAUAAUCUAGUGGACGGUCCUUCAGAAACAGCUCGUCAACCACCUCUGUAGCUUCCUAGCCAACAAAUCCGAAACAUUCAAGCUAUUUAUACGCUUUCGGUGGAUAUUGGCUACUGUGUUUUAGACACACUUCUGUUGUAUCUACUUGUUAACCUAUUUAAUGUAAUAUUACGUUAUUUUGUAAUAGUCAGCUAUAGCAGCUGGCUGGUUAAGUUAGCACUAGUCUUGUCGCUAAUGAUAAACAUCACCGACCAUGAGCUCCCUAAACUACUCCCCUCCUGUUAAAGUAGAGGAGGUCUGCUGGACGGAGAAAGAAGCUCUGGGGCUGAACAUUGUUGUGAAAGAGGAGAAGGAAGAAGAGGAUGUUACAGUAAAACAAGAAGAGAAAGACGUUUUUGGAAUGAAGGAUGAAGAGGGGGAGAUUACUGUCACAUUAGAGGAUGACGAAGAAGAGAAGACUGGAGAACUGAUUAACACCAGUAAAUACAGAGAGAGACAGGACUAUCGUGGAUCCUCUGGGGAUCCUCAACAACAUUAUGAUGCUGACGAGGCAGAGAAGAGUCUCUCCAGAUCAGAACACCUCAAGAAACACCUGCAGAGACCCACAGGGAAGAAAUCUCACCACUGCUCUGACUGUGGGAAGAGUUAUUCAAGAUCAGAUUCACUUAAACUACAUAAGAGAAUACACCAGCGAGUACACACAGGAGAGAAACCUCACCACUGUUUUGACUGUGGGAAGAGUUACUUAAAAUCAGAUUCACUUAAACUACACCUGAGAAUACACACUGGAGAGAAUCUUCACUGCUGCUCAGACUGUGGGAAGAGAUUCACCUCUUCAGUAGACCUUAAAAUACAUCAGAGAAUUCACACUGGAGAGAAACCUUUUGGCUGUGAUCAAUGUGGGAAGAGUUUUACUAAGCCAAGCAACUUGAAAUCACACCAGCGAAUACACACUGGAGAGAAACCUUAUGGCUGUGAUCAAUGUGGGAAGAGUUUUACUCAGUCAAGCGGCCUGAUAUCACACCAGAUAACACACACAGGAGAGAAACCAUACAGCUGUACUCAAUGUGGGAAGAGUUUUGCUACAUCUGGCUAUCUGAAGAUACACCAGAGAAUACACACAGGAGAGAAACCUUUUAGCUGUGAUCAAUGUGGGAAGAGUUUUGCUACAUCUGUCUAUCUGAAAAUACACCAGAGAAUACAUACAGGAGAGAAACCGUAUAGCUGUAAUCAAUGUGGGAAGAGUUUUACUCAGUCAAGCAGCCUGACAUCACACCAAAGAAUACACAGGAGAGAAAUCCCAUAGCUGUAAUUAAUGUGGGAAGAGUUUUACUCGGUCAAACAGCCUGAUAUCACACCAGCGGACACACACAUGAGAGAAACCUUAUGGCUAUGAUCAAUGUGACAAGAGAUACUCUGAUAAAAUAUAUCUAAUCAAACAUCAGAAAAUACAUACAUGAAGGAGUUGUUUCACAAUAUCAAUUAAAUAUUGUCACAAUGUAGAAUGUUUUAACAUUGUAGUCUUGAGUAUUUGAAUGUAGCACCCUAAAUGUUUGCCCCCUGUUCAUUUGAUUUUAGCAUGAUAAGGAUUUUAGCCAAAUCCAGGCUCUGAAUUGAACGAGUAUUAUUUAUGUGAUUUAACAAAAAUGUGCUAUCAAAAAAAGUAUUGUUACACUUACCACGUUGGUGACCCUCUUGAAUCAAAAUGCAACACUCCAAAAUGUAGCCAUCUGUUUACAUCUAUUACUAUUUAUGUAAAUGAACAAAAAGUGACUAACAAAAAAAGAGCAGGUGUGAUGUUGUUUGUAUGAUGUUGUUUUGUUUAUAAAAUAAAAUAUUUUCAGGUCUUU